GGUUUUUUCUGUUGAGAAUAAAAAGGCUGAUCGAUCAGGUUACAAUUGAUUUAUUGAUUGAUUUUUUGAUUUUUGUUUUUUCGUCAAAUUCUACAAACAAUAAUGGCCAACACCAAUCAGCAACAACCGACCGAAGAAUCGAUUGUAAAACUUCGUCAACGUUUUCUGCAAGAAGAAGUGGAAAAAAAUCCCGGAUUGUAUCAUGAAAUCGAUGUAAAACGUAUCGGUGAAGAAGAAUGGGAAGUAAGACGUUUUUUAAUUGAAUAUAAUUGCGAUAUGCAAGUUGCAUUCGAUGCAAUGAUACGAUGUUAUCGUUGGAAAAAAGAAUUCGGUGUUCAUGAUCGUAAAGAUGAUAUGUUUCCAAAAGAACUGUGGGAAUUGGCUGAUUGUGCUCGUGCUAAAGAUGGUACUUUCGUACAAAUGGAAGCAUUUCGUAAUCAACGUACAUAUAAAGAGCUGAAAGAAUUACCAAAACAAUUUAUUGCCCAUAUGCUUGAACGUGUUGAUCGUAUGGCUGGUCAAUCAGGUUUCAUUAUGUUGAUCGAUGCUGGUGGUGCUGGUCCAUCCAAUGUAAAUAUGGAUUUGAUCAAAUUCAAAAUGACUAUUGUUGAAAAUUAUCCAAGUAGUUUGAAAAAAAUUCUUAUCGUUGAUUUGCCAUGGAUUCUCAACCCAGUGAUGACAAUCAUAAUCAAUUUUUUGAAUCCAAAAUUGAAAGAAAUUCUUACGUAUCAAAAAUCCAAAGAAUUACUCGAAAUGAUGGAACGAAAUGAAUUACCCGAAUCAUUAGGUGGUACACGUUCGAAACCAAAUAUUCCGGAAAAUCUUAUACCAUUAGCAUAUAUGGCUGAUAAAUUAGAUUUGACCGAUAAAUUUGUCGAUACAUUUUACAGUAAUUUAAAAAUGAAACGUCCAAAAUAAUUAUUUAAUUUUUUGUAAAACAAAACAAA